CUUUUUUGGGAGCUAUGAACUCAUUCGUUCUUCCUCCUCCAAAGCCCCAGAUCUCGCUAUUUGACCUAAAUUCAACCUCCAAAGCUCUUGCAUCAGCACUGCAAUGGCGGCGACGCUCCCAAUUCUUUAAGUUCUUUCCCAUUUUAAGGCGUAAACGUGAUAUAAUCCAUGCGACCACCGCCCUCCUCCAGCAAUUUGAGCAUGACGUUGUUGUCGUGGGAGCAGGGAUCAUCGGCCUCUCCAUAGCCCGCCAGCUGCUGCUCGAAUCGGAACUUUCCGUCGCCGUCGUGGACGCUGGCCUCCCUUGCUCUGGCGCAACUGGCGCCGGGCAAGGCUAUAUAUGGAUGGCGCACAGAACUCCUGGAAGCGACACAUGGGAGCUAGCUUUGAGAAGUAAGCAUUUGUGGGAGGAGUUGGCGGAGAGUGUGCGACGGAAGGGAUUGGAUCCGUUGCAAGUGCUUGGGUGGAAAAAAACUGGAAGCUUGUUAAUUGGUAGAACUUCCAAAGAACGAGCCAUCUUGGAGGAAAGAGUCAUGCUUCUUUCUCAUACUGGGCUCAGAGCAGAAUUCUUGUCUGCAAAUUCUUUGCUUUCUAGGGAGCCUGCACUUGAAGUUGGAAAAGAAGGUUGUGCUGCAUUUUUUCUAGAUGAUUGUCAGAUAGAUGCCUUUAAAACUGUUAGUUUCAUUGAAAAGGGUAAUAAAUGCUUUGCCUCUGGAGGAAGAUACGCUGAGUUCUACAAUGACCCUGCAUUAUGCUUAGUCAGAUCAGAAAUAAAUACAGUACAUGAUGCUAUUCGUACUUCUAAGAACAUCCUGCAUUUUAAGAAGGCUCUUGUUAUUGCGGCUGGUGCUUGGAGCGGGUGUUUGAUGCAAAGCCUUUUUGUUGGGACUGGCAUUGUCCCAGUACCUGUGAAGCCCAGAAAGGGCCACCUUAUUGUUUCUGACAAUUUCAAUGGCAUUCAGCUAAACCAUGGCCUAAUGGAGGUUGGUUACAUCAUUCAUCAAUCUGCCAGUUCUCAACCAGUUGAGAAUACGCGGCACUUGUCCUCUGUAUCAAUGACUGCCACCAUUGAUAUGAAUGGAAAUCUUGUUUUGGGAAGCAGCCGCGAAUUCUCUGGAUUCAGCAAAGAAGUAGAUAAACAAAUAGUCAAGAGUAUUUUAGAGCGUGCUUCCGAAUUUCUUCCUGCUUUAAACGAUCUGCUUCUCCAGCUAAAUGAGAACGGAAAGAUAAAAGUGGGCUUUCGGCCCUAUAUGCCUGAUGGUAAACCAGUGAUAGGUCCUGUUUUGAGACUUCCAAAAGUUUUUCUAGCUACUGGACAUGAAGGAAGUGGGCUGUCAUUGGUAUGUUUACUUCUAACAUUGUCGCAAAUACUUCCAUCUUAAAUGUAUUUUGCCAUC